ACCUCCGCCUCUCUUUGGCUUCCUCGGGCCUAGCAGCUGCAAUCCUUCUCCAUCCGCCGCCGGAGGAGCGUCCCCGGACACAUCCUAGCCAUGACUGAGCAGAUGACACUUCGGGGGACCCUUAAGGGCCACAGUGGCUGGGUCACCCAGAUCGCAACCACCCCGCAGUUCCCAGACAUGAUCCUCAGCUCUUCCCGGGAUAAGACUGUCAUCAUGUGGAAGCUUACUCGCGAUGAGACAAACUAUGGUGUACCUCAGCGAGCCCUGCGUGGUCACUCCCACUUUGUUAGUGAUGUGGUCAUAUCUUCAGAUGGGCAGUUUGCCUUGUCUGGUUCCUGGGAUGGAACACUAAGGCUCUGGGAUCUCACAACAGGCACCACCACAAGACGAUUUGUGGGUCACACCAAGGACGUCCUGAGUGUUGCCUUCUCUGCCGACAACCGUCAGAUCGUGUCUGGGUCCCGUGACAAAACAAUCAAGCUGUGGAACACAUUGGGAGUGUGUAAAUACACUGUACAGGAAGAAUCUCACUCUGAAUGGGUCUCGUGUGUCAGGUUUUCUCCAAACAGCAGCAACCCAAUCAUUGUAUCUUGUGGAUGGGACAAGAUGGUGAAGGUCUGGAACCUCGCCAACUGCAAGCUGAAGACAAACCACAUUGGUCACAGUGGAUAUCUGAACACCGUGACAGUCUCACCUGAUGGGUCUCUUUGUGCCUCUGGUGGCAAGGAUGGACAAGCCAUGCUGUGGGAUCUGAAUGAGGGAAAACAUCUGUACACUCUGGACAGUGGCGAUACCAUCAAUGCUCUGGCUUUCAGCCCUAACCGCUACUGGCUUUGUGCAGCCACCGGACCCAGCAUCAAGAUUUGGGACCUGGAGGGUAAGAUCAUUGUAGAUGAGUUGAAGCAGGAAGUGAUCAGCACCAGCAGUAAAGCAGAGCCCCCACAAUGCACCUCUCUGGCUUGGUCUGCUGAUGGACAGACCCUGUUUGCUGGAUACACUGACAACUUGAUCAGAGUUUGGCAAGUCACCAUUGGAACCCGCUAAAGCACAAUUAAGACCUGUCUCCGAGUGCCUAAAGACAAUGUGUCUUCUCAAAUAUAUACCAGCCUGAGACAUCUUUCAAUAAAGUUUUCAAUAACUUUUAAA